AUGUCUUCACUUUUGAAACAAGCCGAGGAACUUGUUAAGACCUAUCCUGUUGAAGCAGAACAGAUAUAUAAGAAAAUUCUUGCACAAAAUGCUGGAAAUAAUGAUAAUUUGGCACGGGAUCAAGAACUUGCUCUUGUCAAGCUCGGUGAACUUUAUCGGGAUUAUAGAAAACCCAAUGAUUUAUCAAAUUUGAUACGUUCUUCCCGAACUUUUAUGGCGUCAAUCGUGAGAGCAAAAACUGCUAAAAUCGUAAAGACGUUGAUUGAUCUGUUCUCCGAAAUUCCCGAUUCACUACCUCUCCAAAUCGAAAUUUGCAAGGAGACAAUUGACUGGAGCGUACAAGAAAAGCGAAUUUUCUUAAAACAAUCUUUAGAGACUCGUUUAGUAGCUUUAGAAUUAAAACGUUUGGAUGAUAAAAUGGUGUUGGUGGAAGUCCAGCUUUUGGAGAGUAGAGUUUGCCAUGCAUUACGAAAUUUACCAAAGUCCAGGGCUGCCCUUACAUCAGCUAGAACGUCAGCGAACGCUAUUUAUUGUCCACCUCUUCUUCAAGCUGCACUUGAUAUGCAGUCUGGAAUUUUGCACGCUGAGGAUAAAGACUAUAAAACCGCAUAUUCAUAUUUUUAUGAAACUCUUGAAGGAUAUUCUUCACAAGAUGAUUCAAGAGCUAUUCUCGCUUUGAAAUAUAUGUUGCUUUGUAAAAUCAUGUUGAAUCUGUCGGAUGACGUUUAUGCCAUUAUCAAUGGUAAACUCGCUUUACGUUACGCUGGACGUGAAGUUGAUGCUAUGAAAGCUGUAGCAACGGCUCAUAAAAAUCGUUCACUCAACGAAUUUGAAAAUGCGUUAGCAACUUAUAAAGAUGAAUUGGGAAAUGAUCCAAUCAUUCGAUCACAUCUUGCUGCACUUUAUGACACUUUGCUCGAGCAAAAUUUAGUACGUAUAAUAGAACCAUUCUCAAGGGUCGAAAUUUCACAUGUUGCAGAAAUGGUCAAAUUGCCAACUCCGCAAGUAGAGACAAAAUUAUCUCAAAUGAUAUUGGAUAAAGUUUUUCAUGGAAUCCUGGAUCAAGGCGCCGGAUGCUUAAUUGUUUUUGAUGAACCAUCUCAAGAUUUAACAUAUGAAGCCACAUUGGAAACGUUGAAACAAAUGGGAAAUGUUGUUGAAUCAUUAUAUGAGAAGGCUGCAAAAUUAUCCUAA